AUGGCACUAACACACGCAGUUGCUUAUGAAUUACUGGCACAGGGCUCAUGUACACAACAGUCGUACUAUACAAACCACUGCAUUCAUCCCGACAGGCCUAGAGAGCCAGAGAGUCUCAGUGGAAUAGUUGAGUCCACAUUGAAGGAAGUGAAUACCCCUCUCCUCCUCGUGAGGGAAGUAGCGCAAGAGGGCAAUUUGCAACUGUUGUCCCAUGUCGAUUCACAGGGCAUCCUUCACAGCAAAAGAACUUGGUAUAGUUGGGUUAUUCCAGAGACCGAGGAAUACCAAGAGCCCGAGCCAGAGACGACAGAGUUGGAGUCGGUGAAAUUGCCCAUUGGAGAUUCUCGUGAGCUUGGUGGCUGUAGCACUAGGAAUGGUGCAGUCAUCUUCUUCGAGAAUAUAACUGGCAACAUGCAAGGCAUCAGACUCUCUGGAGGAAAAUGGACUCUCAUGGAACCUAUAGCAUGUGGGAGGCAAGAGGGAAGUCCUUUUGGUGUACUGAGGGUAUCAGAUGAGAUGGUUGUUGUGUUUUACUGGCACACGGACAAGGGUUUGCACCAAAUGACGGUGAAAUUGCAGAACAAUGUUUACUCAGACAAGGAGGUAUCAGGCACCAAUUUCGCGACGCAUCAAGACUUUAUAAUCAGUGAAGCGGGCGAGUCGGGAGAUUACACGGCGUUUUUCAUUGUUAAAGAAUCUCCGCGACGGGCUUUGAUUGUAGUGAGACCGAAUGGGGAGAGGCUGGAGGCAUCGGAGAAUGACUGGGACUGGCAGGGGAGUGUUAAACCAAUCAUAUGGAGUGUAGAGCAACCCGAAAUUGACGAAGGGCAAGAAAAUUGA